AAGGGGCGGGGCGAGCCGAGCCUGGAGGGUCUGCGCGGGGAGAGUAUGGCCACGCUGCGCCGGCUGCGAGAGGUGCCCCGGCACCUGCUGGUCUGUGAGAAGUCCAACUUCGGCCAUGACAAGUCGCGCCACCGGCAUCUCGUGGAGACGCACUAUUACAAUUACAGGGUUUCAUUUCUGAUUCCUGAAUGUGGGAUACUAUCAAAGGAACUGAAAGAUCUGGUCAUGGAAUUCGGACCCUAUUACUUUGUGAAGGAUUUACCUCUUUAUGAGUUAAUCACACACGAAUUCAUCAAUUCUUUUGUCAAGAAAGGUUCGUGCUAUGCGCUGACAUACAACACAAAUGUUGAUGAGGAUAAUACUGUUGCCCUGCUCCCAAAUGGGAAAUUAAUUUUAUCCCUGGAUAAAGACACGUAUGAAGAAACUGGACUUCAGGGCCGUCCGUCUCAGUAUUCUGGCAGGAAAACCAUGAGAUUCAUUGUUUCCAUUGAUCUGAUGGAUUUAUCCUCUAACCUGGACUCUAAGAAGUAUAAGAGAGUGUCUUGGGCCUUCAAAGAAAAGAAGCCGUUGAAGUUUGAUUUUCUUUUGGCGUGGCAUCAAACAGGUACAGAAGGAUCCAUGAUGUCAUACUUUUCCGGUUACGGAAUUCAGGAGCGUCAGCCAAAAAUAGCGCUGAGCACGACGCGGGACCUGCGGUGCCCCGUGCUGCGGAGCGGCCUGCUCGAGGGCGAGCCGGAGGCAGCCUGCAGCGCCCACGAGCUCUUCGACUGGCUGGGCGCUGUCUUCGGUCACACAAACCUAAAUAAUGAGCCUUAUAAUUUCGUAUCAACCUACUGCUGUCCUCAGCCAAGCGCAGUGGUGGCCCAGGCGUCCUUGGGCACCAUCACUGGUUUCAUCCUCCCGGAGCGGAUAUGUGUCCUGUUGGAACAGCUGUGUCGCUACUUUGAUGAACCAAAGUUGGCCCCGUGGGUGACGCUGUCCGUUCAAGGCUUUGCAGACAGCCCUGUGUCCUGGAGAGAAAGUGAGCACGGUUUUCAGAAAGGAGGAGAACAUUUGUACAACUUCGUGAUCUUUAAUAAUCGGGACUACUGGCUUCAGAUGGCCGUGGGGGCGAAUGACGACUGUCCGCCGUAACAAGCACAGAAUCUGCAGCCACGCUCUCCGGGGUGCGUGUGCCGUCGUUUGUGGCGGCAUGAGGACAGUGUCCGCUCAGACUUGGAUGCGGUUUCUCAGGUCAGCGCCCGCCAGCGUCUGCUCUGGACUCGGGCCCCUCCUCUGCGCGCAGCCAGGCCUGCUGUCCAGCAGAAGUGCGCAGCUGGUGUCUCCUUGUCCGUGUGAGCCCAGGGGGUGGGUGACUGCCUGGUGCCUUGGGCCAGGAUGGCCAGGGGCCCGGGGUUCUGGGACCAUUGGGUAAGAUGUGCGCUGUGACUGUAGCUUUCUCACAUAAUAACAACAGACAGUCCUUACAUC